UCGCCUCCCCUUCAUAUUUUAGCUAUUGCCAUGUAGAGCUGUUUGGCAUUUUAGCUUAAUCUGCUACAGUUUUGAUUUAUUUCCAGGUUUUAAAAAAAUGUCCGAGCUUGAAGCUAGUGUAUCGUGUUCUCCGCAGUGUGCGGAAACAGAUCAAAUCAAAAAUACAGACGAUAUCAAUCCAGAAACAGUACAAAACACUAACACCAAUAUUUCUCAGGUUGAAGAAGGGUGUCAUAGCGACAGCAGUCUUCUCAAAGGCUUGUUGACAGAUAACUUCUGUCACGUCUGUGAAGCAACCCUGCUUUACGAGUCCCAGAGAGUUUCUCAUUAUGAGGGGAAAAAGCAUGCACAAAGAGUCAGGAUGUACUUGCAGAACAAGAACGCUAAAACAAAUAAGCCGAGCCAAGAUUGUGAAGGCCUUUUGAGAGGUCUGUCUGCAGAGAAGUUCUGUGAGCUGUGCAACAUGGUGUUCAGCUCUCCGACUGUGGCCAAGUCACACUAUGAGGGUAAAGUUCAUGCAAAGAACAUGAGAAAAACCAAUCCUGUUCCACCUGGAGCGCCCGUCCUGGAAUCCACAAUUUCUGAAGUCCUCCCGUCAGAGGCUGCUGCUCAAAAUCAGAUCAGUCUGGAGCAGGACACUUCAGGCUUGGGCGACCUAGAGGUCGAUCUCAGCGACCCCAACAAGUACUGUACACUGUGCAGUGCUUCCUUUAAUAACCCUUUGGUCGCCCAGCAGCAUUACAGCGGCCGCAAGCAUCAGAGGAACCAGGCCCGGCAAGAGAUGCUGGAUCAGAUGGGGGAACAGUCAGAACACGUGAGCUCCCUGACUUGCCCGAUCUGCUGUCUGACACUCAGCUCAAUAGAGAUGUACCAGGCACACAUGCAGGGAAACAAACACUUUGUCAAAGAGAAGAAAGUUAUUGAACUGUGCAAAUCUCAGAAGAAAGUGUACGACUCCUUCCAGGAUGAGUUGGCUGACUACAUUCAGGUGCAGAAAGCCCGGGGACUGGAUCCUAAAGCAGGGCCGGGCACCAUAGGACAAGCAGGCAAAGGUUUGGAUGAAAGUGUGAAAGAAGGUCCACACAAAACAGAAGAGAUGCCUCAACCUGGUCAGCUGGUGCCACGUUUCCCGCCUCCGGCUUUUCCUCAACCUCACUGGCACCCACAGUUCCCGUCCCAGGUCAGUCAGUUUGGCUUUGGUAUGAGAGGCCCUGCCCCACAAUAUCGUCCGGGAUUUAUGCCCCAUGCCCGUCCUACUUUCCCACCUGGUCACCUUUAUAAAAAAGGGAGGAGCCCUGAGUCAUUCAGCUCCACCUCUGUCUCAGACUCCUCCUCCUACUCUAGCAGCAGUAGCGACAGCAGCAGCAGUUACGACAGCAGAGAGAGGAGGAGACGCAAGAGGAAAAUGAAAAAGCGAGGGAAAAGUCGAAGAGACCAGGAGGAAGGGUCUGAUACAGAACGAGGAGAAAGAAAAAAGAGACGGAAGGGAGACCGGAGAGGAAGUGUAGAAGGAGAAGAUGAUAGAAAGAAAUGGAAGGAGGGACGAAAAAGAGGGAGGAGCUCUAGUGAAGACGAGGAAAGCAGAAAUAAAAGAAGAGCUAGCAAGAAAAGUAGAAGGCACGGGGAUGGACAGCAUGCAAAGAGACGAAAGGAAGAGGAGAUCUUGGAGAAACAAGGAGUGCACGAGGAACCAGAGGAAAAGAUGGAGGAACAUGUAGAGGUCAGGACAGAAUCGAAAGAUGGCAAACACAAACACAAAAAAGAGAAGAAAAAAGGAAAAGAGAAGAUGAAUCAAGACGACAACAGGACAGAGGAGGAAAGGCUCUGGGAUGAAACGAUUCUUGGUGUUUUUUAGAAUUUCGAUGAUGGUCUGACAGUAUUCUAAUAAAACUGCACGGGACCCCAGAAAAUCAUUUUACUGGCAUUUUCUGGGUCCUUCUCAUUAUUUAUGCUUUCUGAAGAACUCUAAAGGCCUUUCUUUUAUACAGAAACUCAUCUGAUUUCAAUUCCUUUUUAAGGAAUCAACAGUGAACAUUUUGUCUUGAUUUACUCACUCUCGUUUCAAACACACAUGACUUCUGUGGAACAUAAAAAUAAAUGUCAAGAAUGUUCAUGCUGCUUUUUUCCACUGCAAUAAAUGCAUACAGAAUCUUUCAACCUCCAAAAAUGACAAAAAAGUAGUCAAUAUGACUUGUGCGCUAUAUUUCAAGUUUUAUGGAGAGGUAUAGAUCAGUACUACGCUGAAGAAACUACCCUAUAUGCUGCACAAACUGCUAUUGCAAGGUGCUUUUGUCUCUUUUAGAGCUAGACAAUAUCUAUUCGCUUUCACAGUGUGGAAAAGAGCAACAGGAACAUGCUGAACCUCACCUUUUGUGUUCCACAGAAGAAACGAAAUGCAGGUUUGGAGUGACAUAAGGGUGAGCAAAUGAUGGUAAUGUUCAUUCCUCGAAACGCUCAGGACUACAGACUACUAGGAUGUCUCGCUAACUUUAUUAUUUUUGAUGUGUGAUGGAAAAACACUACGUGAGCCAUCCAUCAUGUCCAAGUGGAUGUGUGCUUCAACAUGCUUUGAUCAAAUAAACCCAAUCCCAUUGUUUAUAGCAGCAAAGGUUUAGUAUUUAUUGUAAAACGUUUUCUAAAAAAGUCUCUUAUGCGUGUACUUUUAUUUCUGAAUUAAUUGAAGCGUUUCCAGUUUUACUCUCAAGGGGGCGUUGAUUGCAAACGUACACACUACACUUUGGAUCUGCUAGAAACCUUUCAGACUGUAUCGCUCUUUGUUCAAGAAAGACACGAAAACAGCAAUGAACAGUGAGAAUAAAACGAAGUGCUGUCAGAAUAUAGAAUAUUAUAAACAUUUGCCUGAAUGAGAAGAGCUCGGCCUGCAGUCCAAGUUUUUGUUGCAUUUCUGUGUUUAUGUGAAAGCGUAAGGCUCAUUUGACGCAGCACAUGCUGGAAUAUUUUUGUUUGCAGGUCUAACAGGUGCAGGAGUUGAAUGAGGACACGAUUGCUACUCUGUUGACCUCUUUCUUGCAUAGAGCUGCAUUUCCCUUUUUGUGAGUUAUCACAAUCAUGCAAUCAUCCGUUUAUUUAAUGACUGUGCUGCUGAGCAGAUUUCUCAUGUCCCCAUUAAAGAAUCCUUAACUCGCUUUUGGAUCACUUUCUGAGCGCUCAGGGAACAUACCGAUCACGUGAAGAUGAAUAUGGAUGUGGUUUGAAGGAAAUAAUACUUGAAAUGCAUUUACGUGUUGCUGGAUGUAAAAUGGGAUGAUGGCUCAGUCAAAAACGACCAUUUUGUAUUUUACUAACUCUAAUGUUGCUCAUGAAAAUGAUACAAAAAAAAAUCAUAAACGUUUUGCACUGUAUUUCAAGCCUUUAUGUGUUUUUGUUUCAUAAACAGUAAAAAUUCUGAUCCUUUAGAUGCAUAGGUUAGAAAGGGUUUGAAAUUGUAUCCACCUUCCAAUUCCAAGCCAAUUUGAAAAUGUGAAUGAACUAUUGAAAUUAUAAAACGUUAUGAUACCUACAUUUUAUGGUGACUUUUUGUUAUUUUAAAGACAUGGCAAAUGACACAUUUUUUAAUGUAUUAUAUCACCAAGGCUGCAUGAAGUUGAUCAAAUUUCAGUAAAACUAAUAUUGUAAAAUAUUAAUGCAUUUUAAAAGAGUGUUUUUCUAUUAAAACAUUAGCCUUCUAUUCCUUUUUUUCUCCCCGUUUUCAAGUAAUUUAUUUCCGUGAUGGCGAAGCUGAAUUUUCAGCAGCCAAAUCUUUAUUCAUGAUCCUGCGUAAAUAAUUUUAAUAUGCUGAUUUUCCUAAUUUAAAAAAAUCGAAGAAACAUAGCUUAUGAAUAACAACAUGAUUGUUUUGUGUAAACUAUCCCUUUAAUUUGCAUGCAUUGGUGUUCUGCUAAGCAUGUUCUGAUCUUCAAAUGCAUUUGUAUUAAAUUGUGGAUCCAACACCUGUAGCUUCUAAGUCAGCCUUUGUACUUCAGAACUAUAUGAACUUUUUUUUUUUCCAAGUCUUUGUAACCGCAGAGUUGAAAGCCCUCCGCACACAAGCUCGUCGACAGACGCACUAAAGCGUUCUCUCAAUCCCCCUGAGAUCUCCUGUUUUCAAAGAAUCGUGUGGUUCUCCUCCCUGUGUCUUUGUCGUACCCUCGACCCCCAAGACGUGUGCGUCUCCCACAUCCUCCCCUCUUCACGACCCCUCCACGGGCCCGUGAGCCCCUCCAGCCCUCCUCAAGAGACGAGGGCCAAUGAACACGAUCUUUUAACACCUCAACUCGAAAACUCCCACACGAGCCCCCCUGAGCUUCAGGCUGCAGAGUCCCACACACUCAAAAACUUCAUUAACUCAGCUUAUCUAGAUUGCGGAGUGGAAAACAAGUACGUUUAUUUGUUUCGAUUGCCUAAGUGAGGUGAACAUUUUGGGCUUCAG